UCGAUAUCUUUAAUUGCUCCUGGGUUGUAUCAAUACCUACCGGUUUUACUGCUCCAUCACGAGCCACUGGGAACGGGUUGCCCGGGAAACGGCCGCAUGGCAACAGGAUCAGAGCCUGGGGGUUGUCUGCUUCUAGGUCUGCUCCCAUUUUACAUCGCAUUUCCUCACUAGAUGGUGUGCAAGCCACUGGAGAGAACACUUCCCCGCACAGUGGGCUCUACAUCCAGCAAAACAAACCUGGGAAAAUAUACCGCGGACCAUUUCUUUACGGGACUCCGAGGAGGAAAAGUGUGGAAAUAAAGCGUCGUUCGCGUCAAGGUUUUCUUUUUUUUUAAGCUAACGUUAAACUCCUCGCUUCUUUUUUGUUGUUGUAACAAGAAGACUUGGGAAAGCGGCAACAAAAUACAGCUGUGAUGGACAUAAUGAUUGCUGUGCAGGAUGCUUGUGUCUCUGGUCAGUGGCUUACUGCGAUAAUUCUCAGCCUGUGCUGCUUUCUGCCGUCCUGUUUGCCCGCUGGACAAACUGUGGACAAUUCCUCGGUUGAAAGUGUGGUCAGCAGACAAGGCGACACGGCUCUACUGAGGUGCUACCUAUUGGAUGGGAUCUCUAAAGGAGCCUGGCUGAACCGCUCAAGCAUCAUAUUCGCAGGGAACGACCGGUGGUCUGCGGACCCACGUGUGUCCAUCGUGUCCAGCGUUGGAGACAAACAUGAGUACAGCCUUCAGAUACAGAAAGUUGAUGUAUCUGACGACGGUCAGUACACAUGCUCCAUUCAGAGUGAGCGCAACCCACGGCCAAAGCUCCUCAACCUAAUUGUAAAAGUUCCUCCCAAGAUAUAUGACAUUUCCUCUGACAUCACGGUAAACGAGGGCAGCAAUGUGUCGCUCAUCUGCACAGCCAGUGGGAAACCCGAGCCAAGCAUUUCCUGGAGACAUAUAACCCCAUUAGCCAGGAAGUAUGACAGUGGCGAAUAUCUUAACAUCACCGGCAUCACAAGGGACCAGGCUGGAGACUACGAAUGCAGCGCUUUAAAUGACAUCGCCUCUCCUGACACCAAAGCAGUAAAAGUCACAGUCAACUUUGCCCCAUCUAUCCAUGAGAUGAAAAGCCAUGGAGUUGGUCUGGGACGCACAGCUCUGCUAAGGUGCGAGGCAGCUGCUGUGCCCUCUCCGACAUUCGAGUGGUACAAAGGUGAAAAAAGGAUUAUCAAGGGUCAAGGCAUCGACAUCAAGAGCCUCAGCUCCAGAUCAGUCCUUACAGUGACCAACAUGACAGAGGAUCGUUACGGGAACUACACAUGCGUCGCCUCCAACAAGCUAGGGACGGCUAAUGCCAGUGUGCCUCUCAUUCCAAUUAUUGAACCCACCACCACUAGUGCUGUCUCAAGCCCAGCGCCCAACACUGCACCCUAUGGGAGCACAGGAAGUGCGCACGUCCCGCUGGCCUGCCGAUACCUGGUCCUGGCUCUCUCCUCCUUCAUCAGCGUGUACUAGCAGAGGCCAGGCCAGACACAAUGACUGUCGAGAGCAUUUAUGAAUCAUUUUUGACAUUGCUGAAGGCUGGAAUCCAAUCUGGUACAGUUUGUUGAAAAGCCGUGAUGGGGGAAAAAAUCAGCGAUACUUUCUGUGGG